UUUACGGAUAAACGCGUGCAUCAAUCGCACUUUGUGGUUUCGACUCGCUCGAAAAGCGCGGCUUCGCCGACGAGAAAGCCAGCGUGCGGCUAGCCGCUGCGCGGAUUUCGCGCGCCGCGCUUCGAUUGACGAGAAAAGAGGAGGAAGAGGAAGGCCCGAGAAGAGCGGAAAGGGUGAGCGUGUGGGUGAGAGAGAGACCCCGGCGGCUGGCGAGGCGGGCUUGACGGCACUGCAGCAAGCCGCGGGUUCUGUCAAAGAUGGCGGAGGGCGAUGCGUCGUUCGGCGGAAAUGCGGACCUCGGGGAGAUCGACCUCACGUGGAUGGAUAAGCUGCGGAAGAUGGUCUCCAGUGACGCCGAAUGGGAGGCCAUCAUCCUGAAGAAGAUGGAGGAGAAGAGGAACCGAGAGAUGGGCAUCGAGACACAAGAGGAACAGCCGUCGAUGCUGGCCUCUGUGGGUGGCCUCUUCAGCAAGAUCAAGUCUUACAUCCCAACGCGUAAGGGUGGCGCCGACUUCACUACCGCUACUGGAGCGCAGGGAGGACCCAACACAGACAACCAGACUGCCGUUGACGGCAGCAGAGAGGUCAUGGAAUCCCAGUAGAACCGUGUGUGAGGGCACUGGCUCUUGAGGCCGCAUUCCACGAAGAGCCUCACUCCAGCACUGUUCCUUUACUUGCUUGUGGCGGUAACCAGCGACCGGCAGGAGCCAUUCGUCUCAGCAUGUCGGCUGCUCACCCGGUGACUGACACUGUGCACCGUCGGUUAUGCAGCAUGGACAACCCGUAGAGAGGUAGAAGCGUAUUACUUGAACAUGGAAUCUGGCUAGUGUACUCUUCCUCGUUUUCUCUUUUCUUUCCACCCUUGUUCCAAGCAGGUUUGGAGUUUUGUUUGCAAGUGCAAUUCGCAGAUGAGCAUUUGACCACUGCAGGCAAAGGAGAAGGGAUUUACUAACAUUUCUUUUUCCUUGAAGUACUUGUCCCGGAUGCACGGGUGUGACGUUAGUCUUACAAAGGUGUCACAUUUUCUUUUUCCGUUUUGUGUUUUCUAGCUCUUAUUUUUCAAUUAGCUUUUGUUAUUGCAUAAAUUCAAGAUUAUUGCAAUUCAGAACCUGUGUGGAGUACGCUCAUACUGUCAACAGCGGAAGAUAAUAGUUUAAUAUUGCCGUAGCAGUCAGCAACACAUUUAAGCAUAUGCUACAGAGGAUGAGUAAGCAGCACCAUAUUAGGUUAUUUCAACCAGUCCCAGAUUUUCAAAAAUGCACACAAGUAAAACUAGGUCAAAUAAAUGUUGUUCUGCAGGCCUUACAGAUUAAGUGCUUCAUGAAAGUCGCAAAGAUGAAUGGUACUGGGAUUUACCACAGCCGUUGCCAUGAACGAUCAUGUGCUCCAGUCUUGUUUCAUACGGAUGCAACACUAGAAGUGCUGUAAAAUGUGUCUGUCUCACCAAAAGACAAUCCCCAUUCUGACAAGUUCUGUGCACAUUGUCAGCAUACAACGAGCAAAACGUAAAGAAAGAUGUAAUAACCAAUGCUGAAAAUGGCCUGUGCUAUCUGUAAUACUGCCACUUUCAAAAGGCCAACUUUGUUUUUUAUCCACAGCCACAAUAUGUUGUCCUGGUGUGACCCCCAUUAUGGAUGUUAUGUUUACUUGCUGCAAAUGUAUGUAGUAUAUCUUUGUGAAUAUCAUUUGCAACCAACCAUGUCUGCACAUAAGCUUGUAUAGAGUUUAUAUGGUAGCUUGCUUGCAAUCAUACAAGCAGUCUCAUGUGACCGUUUUCUUUGUUUCCUUUUCGAUAAUGACUGGUUCAGAAUUGAGGAACUCUGUGUAGAUAUGGUUGUGAACUUUCAUGGAAAUACACUGUGAUGUUUGAGAUUAUGUUUACAUUUAUGUGGCAUACUAUAGCUGAGUUUAGUUAAUACGAACUGGCCCUUUCUGAUGAACUGUUAGUAAGUGCCCCUGUUGGUCUAGUAGUUAUCAUGAGAAUAAUGUAGCAAUGAAUAAAAUAGACAAUAGACAUUCUCAUAAGGAGUGAACUUCUAUGCUGAGGCAUUCAACUUUCACAGGCAAUGGUGUGUCCUCAACAAGCGUAAGACUGCAUGCAAGAAGUGCCUGAGCAGAUUGAUAAUGUAAUAAUUAUGCUGUACACAGCAACAGAGGUAACUUUACAUUUCGUUAAGCAAGUAGUGCUGUGGAAAAUAUUUUUUUUUCCAAUGUAGUGCAAAAAUCUGUUGAUAAUUGCAUGUUGUGUGUCAUUUCCUUUAGUAAAUGUACCAGCCAUGAACUUUGUAAUCAGUUAUCUGUAGCGCUGUCUGCCUGCUAAAUUACAUAAUCACUGUAUUUACAAAAUGAGAACCUAGUCACCUAUAAUGCAUAUCAACUUUUUGUUUGUCCUUCUUUUGCUUAGGCUGUAGCAUGUACAAGUGAGUGAUAAAACCCGGUGAUGGAAUAGUUUUUGGAGCACAAAAUCCUACUGUAUUUUUGAAGCAUAGGUGACACAGGGAUGAGAAAUAAGCAUGAACACCGACUUCAAGCAACCACAUGGCUAUAUAUGGAGAGUAAUUGCAGACUUUCACACAUUUGAAGUCCAUUGCUUGUAGUUGCAUGCCAGAUCUGCAAGCAGAACAAUUCUAAGUCAACAUACCCAGAGAUUGGUAAGUGAGAUUAUUGAAGCUGCAGAGAUAGCCAGGCAACAAUAGCUCAGUGCCUAUGCAGUCCAUCAAUUGCACUGGCAAAAAAGGAACCUAAGCUUUGAAGUGCAGUAUCUCGGUCAUGUCCCAACUUAUGCUUCACGCAAUAAUCAUGUUCAAAGGUCUUUCACUACUGGUGCUUCGCGAAUGUUAUUUAAUCGCUCUUGCCCCGUAAACAACUUCAGUCUGUGAAGGUCAUGUGAUUGCUCUCCCUAUAUCAGUAUGUGGCCUUUAUGAAAUAAAGGUUGUUGGUAGUCGGAGCUCUCACUGUCUGUUCUCCUAGCCCAUGCGUGUGUCACUGUGAAAAGCACUGUAAGAAUUGCCAUCAAGCCCGCCUUAACAUGUUAAACAAAAUCCUAAAUUCAUUAUGCAAAGCCCCUGAUGCAAGAUGUGUAGGGCUGACACAGUGAGCCUUCAACUGCCUAAAGAACGAUUGAAACUUUCAUGCUGUGAUGGGGUAUCUGAUGCAGCUGUCGUUUCUGGAAACGCUAACUCCAUGUGUAUUACUACAUGUAUACCAAUUACACAUGUAUUUCUUGGAAUAGUACCUGUCCUGUAGCUAUUGUACUCUUGACAGCAAAUACUGUUGUCUCCUAGAAACUCUUUCUCAUGACGAGUCUGUGCUGCUGCUCUUCUGUAUUAAGUGGUGACACUGAAGUUAGCAAUGUCUGUCCAUACUCUCAACGAAGAAUACUUAACUUUUAUCAAGUGUAUAACGGUGAGCAUCAACUAUAGCAGUCAGUAGUCAGGGUUUUAGACUAGAAGCAAAGAAAGAAUGGGUGGUGCUGAUGUCUCUUUGUGUAUUCAGACAUCUAAGCAGAGUGCUUUAUGCGAGUUCACUAUUAGUGGUGCAGCCUAUAUUCAAUAGGACUCAAAUACUAGUCAUGUUUCUUGUUCCUUGCCUUAAUCGUUGACAUCUAUCAGUGUGACUAGUGCUCUCUGUAUUAUAAGAAAGGGUACUUCUCAUGAAAUAGAUUUAUGCAUCUCGUUCUUUCAUAAAUGUCUGUGCUACAUUCUCCUUGGGAUGUAUUUAGCAGGAUUGUUUUAUUUCAAUAAAAAACUAUGUGACGUUAACAGA